GUCGGUGUAGGGACAGAGCGAGCUUUCUUUAAAGACCGCUGGGCCGGCUACACUGGAUGUUAACUAUUUAGCCAAUAUCCUCGCUAUUCUCCCAUCUCCUCUUUCUUGCACUUUUACAUCCAGCUGUACUGGCAGUUUUUAUCUCAGUAUAGUCCAAGUGCAAGGGGCUUUCUUCUGAUUUCCAUCUUACAUCGCGGCGGCAUUCUAUAUCCCCUUAUCUAUACCGCCACGCUUUUUUAAUAUCAAAGUCACUGAAGGGGAAAAGAAGCCAUGGUGGAAAACUAUGACGUUGUUAUUGUCGGCGCGGGGCCCGUCGGUCUUUGUCUCGGAACCUGCCUGGCAAGAUGGGGUUACAAAGUCAAGCACAUCGACAACCGACCAGAACCUACCGCUACUGGCCGAGCCGAUGGUAUCCAGCCACGCUCACUGGAUCUUCUGAGAAAUAUGGGCCUCAAGCGCAAGAUUAUGGAGUAUGAGCCAGCAAAAGUGUACGAGGUCGCUUUCUGGGAUCCAGCACAAAAGGGUAUCCACAGGACAGGCACAUGGGCUAGUUGCCCCAAGUUCAUCGACGCACGAUACCCUUUUACCACCUUGCUCCACCAAGGUAUGAUUGAGCGGACUUUUAUCGGGGAUAUCGAGAAGAAUGGUGGCAAGAUCCAAAGACCGUGGACGAUUACCGGGUUCAAGAAUGACGGCAAGGACAAGACAUAUCCUGUUGAAGUUCAACUUGCACAUGUGGAUGGCACAGCUAAGGAAACCGUUCGAGCAAAGUACCUCUUCAGCGGAGAGGGCGCGAGGAGUUUUGUCAGAGAGCAACUGGGUAUCAACAUGAUCUACAAGGAUCCCAUUGCUCACGUUUGGGGAGUCAUGGACGGCGUUGUCAGGACAAACUUCCCUGAUAUCAAGAUGAAAUGCACAAUCCACUCUGACGCUGGAUCUAUUAUGAUUAUUCCCCGCGAGAACAACAUGGUACGCCUGUACAUUCAAGUAGCAUCCUCAACCGACAAGGACUGGAAUCCCCGCAAGACUGCUACUGCGGAAGAGGUUCAAGCCCGCGCCAUUGAGAUCUUCAAGCCAUACACCAUCUCUUGGGAUCGUGUAGAAUGGUACUCUGUCUACCCCAUUGGCCAAGGUAUCGCGGAGCGUUACACUCUCGACGAGCGCGUAUUCAUGGGUGGUGACGCAUGCCAUACUCACAGCCCCAAGGCCGGUCAAGGCAUGAACACUGCAUUCCUCGACGCUGUCAACUUCGCCUGGAAGAUCCAUCACGUAGAGAGCGGCUGGGCAACACGCUCACUCCUCUCCACUUACGAAUCCGAACGCAAGCUCAUCGCCGAAACCCUUCUCGACUUCGACGCCCGCUACGCCAAACUCUUCUCCACCCGCAUCCCCUCGGCCGGUGAAGUCGCCGGCGCCUCCGCCAAAGAAGCCCCUGAAGACAACGAGUUCAUCAAGACCUUCAAGGCAAGCUGCGAAUUCACAAGCGGCUACGGCGUAGCCUACAACCCCAACCUCGUCAACUGGGGCCCCCAACACCCCGCACAGCACCCCCUCAUCCUCUCUUACCCACAAGGCACCACCCAGCGAACCGGCCGUAUCCUCACCCCCGCAACCGUCACCCGCGUCGUCGACGCCAACGUCGUGCACCUGGAACAAGAAAUCCCCUUCAACGGCUCCUACCGCAUCUUCAUCUUCGGCGGCACCCUCGCCAAAUCCAGCACCGCCCUCAAAGACCUCGCCACAAACAUGUCCUCUCCCAAUUCCUUCUUCAAUGCCUUCCUCCACCCAGACAUCAAAGACAAAGACCGCUACCACGAGAAACAUAACCCGCACUCUGACUUCUUUUCCCUCGCCCUCGUCUUCGCGGAGCAGCGAUCAAAGAUCCAGAUUGACGAGCAGUUGCCCCAGCCGUUUGCAAGAUAUGCCGAUCAUGUCUACGCGGAUGAUGUGUGGGAUCAGCGUGUCCCUGAUGCGAAGGCUGCGGCGCACGCCAAGAUGGGUCUGGAUCAGGAGACUGGAGGUGUGGUUGUUGUGCGGCCCGAUGGGUAUGUCGGUGUUGUGGUAAAGCUUGAGGAGGGUAAGGGUACGUGUGAGGCGCUGGAUGCGUGGUUUGGAGUUGUUACUGGGAAUAAGUUGGGGGGUGAGCGGGCGAGUUUGUAAAUGAUUGAGGUUAAUGAUGGGAUGGAUUUUGGAAAAUGAUGUUUGCAUAGCGUAUCGUUUUAUUCUUUGUAUAUUUUCAAUAGUGAUGGUUGGAUGAUUAAAUGUGUUCGGAUGGAAAACUGAUAUCUCGAUGUGAAGUCUACGUGCUUGAGGGAACAAUGAGGGAAUAUGUUAUGAAGACUAAGUCACGGCAUCGCCCGUGCUUGGAACGAGAUUGAAGUAUGUAAUAUAGAAUAUGAAUAAGAUAAGGGAGCAGCAAAUGACUAUCAGUCAA